CAUAAAUAGGGGGCAGCCCAAAGCCCAUUGAGCUCUCCUGCAUAGCAGUGGGCUGCGUUGCAGAAACUCCUCUUGAGCAGGGAUGCCUCUUAAGGUUACUCCUUGAGGUUGAGAGAUUCCUUACCCACGACAGAUCCUCGCUUUCCUAGGGAGUACAAGGCACCAGCCAUGCUCGCUUUCCGGCCUCUGGCGCAGGGCACACUUUUUGCCCUCUCAGUGCUCCAGGCCGUUGCCCGGGACAGCUUCACUGCAGCUGUGUACGAGCACUCGGUGAUCCUGCCAGCACACUCUGAUGAGCCUCCCUCUCCUGGCGAUGCGUUGGCACUGAUGAACAAAAACAUGGACAUCUUGGAAGGGGCCAUCAAGGAAGCCGCCCGGCAGGGUGCCCACAUCAUUGUGACUCCUGAAGACGGCAUUUAUGGCUGGCGUUUCACCAGAGAAGCCAUCUACCCCUACCUGGAGGAUAUUCCUGAUCCAGAGGUGAACUGGAUUCCCUGCACUGAUCCCAAAAGAUUUGCUCCUGCUCCAGUGCAGGAACGACUCAGCUGCCUGGCCAGGAAUAACUCUAUCUAUGUGGUGGCAAACAUUGGGGAUAAGAAGUUGUGUAACUCCAGUGACCUCAGCUGCCCCAGUGAUGGUCGCUAUCAGUACAAUACUGAUGUUGUCUUUGACUCAGAAGGGAAAUUGGUGGCUCGUUACCACAAGUAUAACCUCUUUAGAGGAGAAACUCAGUUUAAUUUCCCUAAAGAGCCAGAGACGGUCACUUUUGAGACACCCUUUGGGAAGUUUGGCAUCUUCACUUGCUUCGACAUACUUUUCCAUGACCCUGCGGUGGUCCUGGUGAGAGAUUUACAGGUGGACACUGUGUUGUUCCCGACUGCUUGGAUGAAUGUCUUGCCUUUUUUGACUGCUGUUGAAUUUCACUCUGCCUGGGCUAUGGGCAUGGGUGUCAAUUUACUUUCAGCAAAUACACACAACGUUGGCUUGGCAAUGACAGGGAGUGGGAUAUUUACACCAGAUGGCCCCAUAGCAUAUCAUUAUGACACAGAAACAGAGAAGGGUUGUCUCCUAAUAGCAGAGCUGAGCUCACGCCCCCACCUUUCUCCUAUGUACCCUCUUGCUGUCAACUGGAGCUCGUAUGCCACAAGCAUCAAAAAACUUCCAGAGGGAAAAAACACUUUUACAGGAGCUGUUCGACGUGAUAUAUUCACUUUCAGUGAACUCACGCGCAAAGGAGGAAAUUACACUGUUUGCCAGAGAGACCUCUGCUGUCAUUUGAUCUACAGGAUGUCAGACAAGAGUAAAGAUGAAGUUUAUGUACUGGGUGCAUUUGAUGGUCUUCAUGGUUCUCUCAUAAAAUAUUAUUGGCAGAUAUGCACGCUGCUGAAGUGUAAAAGCACAGACCUGAAAAGCUGUGGGCAGCCCGUGGAGACUGCCCAGACCAAGUUUGACAUGUUCUCCCUGAGUGGCACGUUUGGCACUAACUACGUCUUUCCAGAAGUCCUAUACAGCGGGGUUCAGCUGGCCCCUGGGGAAUUUGAGGUGCUACGUGAUGGACGAUUGAAAAGUAAGCACAGCUCGUCAAAACCGCUCUUAACAGUGACCCUUUUUGGAAGGCAUUAUGAAAAGGACCUACCGCAUCCACUGCGAACCUCCCCAUAACUCCCAUUUUUCAACAGUCACCAUACACAGGAUAAGAAUUUGCUACCCUAAGCCAUCUUGCCAUGAGCUCUGGCUGUUACUCUGUGUCAUUCCUGUUCUACAACCUUAUAGUUGAGUUUACUUAGGAGAAAGCAAUGUGAUUACUGUCUUUUGUGUACAUAUAACAAUGGUACACAUUUUUUAACAGUGCUUGAGCCAGUGUAAUUAUUUUUUAAUAGUGUAGGGAUGCUUUGUCAUGUGAAAUCUUUUCCCAAAGAUUUCCAAAUCUUUUUUUUCCAAAGAUACACUGUAGGUCACCAGGGUCAUGCUGGUCAGAAAGCUGACAGUGAAAUGUGGAGUUUUCCAAUUUGCUGCAAUGAAAAUCUUCCCUGAAGGAGCCUUUCUACCCCUUGUACUCCUGCUUGACUGGUUUUCAGGCUGUAUAAGCACUUAGAGUCUGUGUUCCUCAGCCUUACACAGCAGUAGGGCCUUCCUAAUACUCUAUGGGCCUUGGCCCCAUUCUGACCGAGGGACUGUACCCUGAAAAGAAAAGCAGAUUUGAAAUGGUUUUAGGUGAAACCUUAGAGAGAGGAAGUGGUUCUCCAUUACCCACAGAGGGUCUGAGUCCGGCUGAGCCUGGUUUGUGUCUGCCCUGUUCUGCAGCAAAUAAGCCUCAUUUGCACCAUAUAUCCCUUGGAGUAGUCCUUGGCUCAGUGCUUAUCCCAUGGUCUUUUGUGUCUGUUUAACACUGAGCUGUGCCCAGUGUGGCACAUUAGAAACACUCUGUGGCUUCCCACCCAAGCACACCAACAUAAGCUAUCCAGAAUUAGUUGAAAUCACGUGAUUUCUAUUUUCCCUGUGCUGCUGCUUCUCAACAAGCAACUUUGGAGACUCUUUCUAGGACUUGCUUUAUCCUGGACAACAGAACAGUUGAGCUUGUAUUCAGAGGAGAGAUUGUACCACUUAGGAGCAAUUAUUCAAGACAUGCAAGGCUUAGAGGUCAUGACUGCUUCUGGCUUGUCCAGCAUCUCACCCUUAUCUCACCUGACUUGUGGUUGUGACCCAGAAUAGCCUUUCACCAAAGAGAGGAGGUUUGGGGCAAGAGAGAUUAUGGUCCACUGGUGGAAUUACUAAGGUGUCUAAUGAGUAGGGGCGGCAGAAUUUCAAGAAGCAGAGAGCCACACUGAAGGCUGAGAGGUGAUCCCUGCUUUUCAGGGCCAGUUUGGUACACCCCAGCAGCCCCUUGUCCCAUGCAUAAGAGGCAACAGUCUGGGAAGGGCAAACAAGAAUGAGCACACUGGUUGUUAAGGUCUCUGCAAUGUCAUCCUGCUGACCAUGUAGGCCCAUUGGUUUGCACUGGCAUCAGCACCAAGGCAUGCAUGUAUGGUGAAAAGCAUCUCUGAAGGCGAGCAGAUGAAAACUUUGCUCUGGGAACAGUCCAGCAGCCUGCAGUACUUUUCCAUCCUUCCUCCACAUGCUGCUCAGUCAGCCAUAUGGCCCAAGAGCAGUAAAGGAGCAGGCAUGGCCUCACAGCAGCUCUGUAAAGAGCAAAGGCUACUCUGACAUUUGAACUGAAAAAGUACUGAAAAAGAUCUUAAAAUCUUUAAAAAAAUUAACUUAAAAACAUAAUUCUCCCAGUUGUCCCUGAGCCCUGAUUUUUUUCAUCUCUACACUAAAGCAGGUCUCUAUGCCUUUCUGUCCCAGUCACGAUCACUCCCCGUCUGAGGAAGUUCAGGCCUUGGCUCCAGUGGGUUAGGAUGGAGGUCAGAAAACAACUCCACUUGUGGAGGGACGACUGCUCUUCCUGGGGCCUUCUCACAAGAGAGGUGCUCCAGGAGCUGAAAACUCGAGGGAAUGAGGGAGGGAGGGAGUGUAACCAGUGUGUGUACCUCCUUGUCCCACAUUGUCCCUUGCCUCCAUCUCCCACCUGGUUGCAAUUUAGGUAGAAUGUGCCUUGCCUAGCGUUGCUCAUAAGAAAAAGGAGAAACAGCUACUGCAUGCAAGUAUAAUUUGACUUUUGGUUUUUUUUGUCACAGUCAAAUCACUUGUAGGCAUUAAAAUCUUUUUUCACUGAUUGGCGUCUACAGCUUUACAUGCUAAUCCACAAAAAAAGAAGAAUCUGGGGACAUUUUAGAAAGACAUACCUUACAGACGCAUUAGUGGCACUCUCAAAACAAAAAAUUGCAUUGUAGGUUGCUGGUAUUCUUAAAACCUCAGAAUUUCAUGCAACCUCAAAUGCACAUGCAAUUCAUAAGUAUCUUUCUGAAGCUGCAGAGCGAUAUAGUCAGCAGACCUGGUGUGAACAGAAUUCUAGACAUUCAGUCCAUUAUAACUAGGUUUAUCUUUCUCAUGUCAGAUUAAGCAUACAUAAAACAUCUGUAAAGAUGGAGUCGGUGAGUUUAUUCAAGCUCCUGAGCUAGUUAUAAUGAAAAUAGGACCUUUGGAGAAGUAAUCAGUUUUUAAUAAAUAUUUUGUUUUUAUUCAAGGGUAUAUUUUAUGCCAUAUUCUGCUCCCUUAUCACUGUUUAGGCUGUGAUAACUGAACAUGAAAUCUCUCACACAUCUCCUGCUGGGAUUUCUGAAGUAUGGUAUCUUCUCAGACACAUGCAGAAUUGACUCUCUUUGGCAGUCAGAGUUGGAAAUAGGUACAAUACAGCUGAUAUUGCUAGUAAGUAACUUGUAGGAUAUAGUAAAAGGGGCAACACAGGUCAGGUUAUGUGAAAAAUGAAUGUUAUUUUAUGACUGGGCUUAUUAGAAACAGAAUUGUAUUAAGAGAGAAAAAGUGAUCUAACAGCUCAGGAUUUCAAUGUGUGCAAGGAACUGCUGGUAACAUCAGUACCGAAGUAGAGUUUGUAGAGUUGGGUAUUGCCAACUAUGAGUGGACUUUUCCAAGCCUUUUGAAAGGCAUCAGGAAAGGACCCUCAAACCUCAUCCAUUAGGGAUGUAGAAGACAGCUUUGAAGAAGACACUGAAACCAGAUUUGAAGAACAGCUGACCUGUAGAUU